UGUGUGCGUUUGCCACCUAGUAUAAAUGCCAAAGUGAAGCCACUGAUCUCUUUCAAGCUCAAACAACACCAUGAAAGAAGACAACAAGAAGAAAGUGAGCGAGGGAGAGCCCAGCGUUCGAUAUAGAGGUGUUAGAAGGCGGCCUUGGGGAAAAUACGCUUCUGAGAUUCGGGACUCGAAGAGGCAAGGAGCUCGGCUGUGGCUGGGAACUUUUGAGACAGCAGAGGAGGCUGCGCGAGCUUAUGACAGAGCUGCUUUUUCAAUGAGGGGUCCCUUGGCUAUUCUCAACUUCCCAGGCGAACGUCUGAUUUCACCCACAACUGUUAAUUCUCUUCCUCCCCCAUCUUCCUCUUCUUCUUCUGCUUCUUCUUCUUCUUCUUCUUCAUUCUCUGAAAAUGCGGAAAGUAGGACGGACCAUGAAAAGGAAGUUCUGGAAUUGGAGUAUUUGGAUGAUAAAUUGUUGGAGGAACUGCUUGAUUUUGAGAAUUAUGAAACCAAGAAAGGAUGAAACAGUUUUAGACUUUUAGUAUUGCAGAAGGGGCUUCAGAAUUCCUACUUUUCAAACAGGAUUAGUUACAUUUUCUCUGCAAAACAGCAUUACAGUUCCAUUUCUAUCUCUUCUUCUUUGUAGAUAUGACUUGCUUUAAUAAUAAAAAAAACUGGUUCACUUCUUACUUGAAUAUGAACCUGUAAAUAUUCAGAUUUCUUUGUCAAUUUCGGCCUCUAUCUUUCCUCGGAAAAAGUAGUUGGAAGCACUGCAAUAGGGCCCCAUAUGGCGACUCUGAGUUGACUUUUGCUUAGAUUUGGCUGGGUUUUAGUUUUAAUCUAUCUAUACUUUAAUAUUGGUUUUCUUUUGUCAAACAAGAAUACCCUUCAAUUGAAUUAUGUUGAAUCGGUUGAUGCGGCACACUCAUGUCACGGAUAUAAGAGUCUUGAAUUUUAUAUCGAACAUAAAAAAAAGAUCAAUAAGGUAUAAAAAGAUUCAUAUCAUUUUUUAUUUGUGAAAUAUUUUCUGUAAAAUAAAAUCAUGAAGUCAGAGAAAGUCAGAAUGGAUAAUAUUUCAUAAAAGUAUAAAUUGUGACAGGUAGAUUAAUCUAAAACAUCGGAUGAGUGAAUGUCUAGAUCCCAGAGUAACGCGGGUUCAAAGCUUAAGUCUCAAUCCAUGACAAGUGGUAUCAAAAUCAGGCCUAAACCAUUCGAUCCACGUCAAACAUCUCGAUGGAGGUAGACAGAGUUGCCAACCUCGGUGACGAGAGCGUCACGAGAUUGAGUGAAAAAAAAUAUCACGAAUCUAAAUAUCUCAUAAAAGUAUGAACCGUAAUAAGUAAGUUAAUUUAAGAUACUGAAUGAGUGGAUGCUCAAAUCUCAAAAUCGCUUAAAUUUAAAACUUAAGUCUCGACCCAUUACACUUACACUAUUAUCCAUAAGUCUAACCUUUUUUGCUCGAAUUCAUUUUAUCCACAGCAUGUGAUUUUGUCCUUGAGAGCUGUCACGCGCUACUCUUGGACUUUCCAUCACCCCGAGUCUCUGUUUUAUGUUAAAGAAGAUAAAAC